AUGAAUUUCCCUGUAGCCAUCGUAUGCUUCGCGGCGCUUAUUGGUGCGGUCGUCGGGGGCCCAAUAUCGAUGAGCAACAACAACGUUGGAGACAUUGUGAAGGUAAACGUUGAUGCCGACGUGGACAUCAAGAGCGAGAUCAAUGUGGACCUGGUGAAUGUGAUUGCGGAGCUGCUGCUCGAGCUGAGGGACGUUAACGUGAACACUUGUUCGCGAUCCUCCGAGGAAACCAGCGAAGAGACCAGUGAGGAGACCAGUGAGGAGACCAGCGAAGAGACCAGCGAGGAAACCAGCGAGGAAACCAGCGAGGAAACUAGCGAGGAGACCACCACUUUGCCACCGACUACUAUUAUUACUACCGAAUCACCCACAACAACACCGGUUAUUGGUCCAGGAACUCAAACCACGACCACGGCAAGCCCAGACGACCUUCCUGGACCUGUGCCCUACCAAAAGCUCGUACAAUCGCUUAUGCAAUCGAAACCCGAUGGUUAUGAUGCACCGGGAAUUACCAAAGAACAAAAGGAGCAGAUCUGGCGUCAACACGUGGAGCAACUUGUCCAAAAACAUGUGAACGAUCGUCAAUGA